AUGCGAUGCUCUUACGGAGUAGUUGGUACAAUACUUUGUCCGAGUCCCACAGUCCGCACUCCUGCGCACGCAAGUACUUACUUGUACAUGCACAUUAGUUUUCGAUUCUGCACCAACCCUGCCGAAAGAGAUCGCCGACUUCCCAACCGCCCAUCGGCCACGACAACGUCCGCCGCGUACCGGCCCGACAUUUACAACUCCCGUCGACGCUCUGAAUUCAUCCUUGGACCCGACGACGGCGUGAGAAUCGAGAGCGAAUCGCGACACGAACCCUCGACGCCCUUCGACCCUCCUCGCAGCCGACCUCGCGGGAAAUCUGGCCUCGAGCCUGCCGUCAUCGCCAUCCGCUUCCAGACCCUGGCCGCCGUCGUGCUCCGGAGCGAGCUGCUCGGCCUCGCCCCUCGGGACCGAUCCGUUCGUCCGUCCAUCCUGCCGUUGGUCCACCAGGCCGUCGACGGAGACGCGAAGACGACGGCGAGAGCUGCCUGCGAAGCCAGAGCAACGCAUCGGUUUCCGACGAGAGCGUCGAGUCGUCACGCCAGCAGGAUCGGUGUCCCUGCCCCCGCACAGGCUGCCGCUCCCCUUGGCCCGCGCGGCUGCGGCAGCAACACCUGCACCUUCGACGACGCCCCAUCCUCGCGUCGCGCUGCCGCCUCCUAG